GAACUUGAUUAAUCAUUUUCAUGCCCUUGUGUUUUCAGGUUCUGUCAUUUGGCAAACCAAAGUUGUUGCGGCGCAGUGAACUAGAUAGUGAUGUUGAUAAAAAUGGAGGAACAUCAUCCAGAGAAUGAUGCUAAUGAUGCAAUUUCAGUAGCAUAUGCUUUGGCAGUUGAUUUUUUCUUUUCAAUCAUGACAUCUGGUUUGACAGAACAUGAAUUGCAGCAAGUACAUCGAGGUUUAACUGAGAUAGGCCUCAUGUUAAUGCCACCUCCUCCUUCAGAUCCACCACCGAGUAAUUACAGGCUAAAUCCCCCUCCACCUCCUCCUAGAUCGAGGUUUAGUACUGUUUUUCAAACUGGCGAGUCAUGCAGAACAAUUCAACAUUGGCAAGAUCAGAGAAUCCAGCUCUUUCUGGCGGUAAUAACCGCAUUUUCAUUUCAACUUCUGAUGAACUUAGGGAAGAGAGGAACGCUCUCAUGGAUGAGUGUUCUUGUCUUUUGGCAAACCAAACUUGUUGCGGCGCAGUGAACUAGAUAGUGAUGUUGAUGAAAAUGGAGGAUCAUCAUCCAAAGCAUCAAAAUGAUGAAUUGAUUUGGCAGUUGAUUUUUUGUGUGCAGAGCAACCCUCCGACCUAGCGACAUAAAACCUACAAUUUGGACACUGUCUCCACUUCUGAUCCUUAGCAUGUUUCAUCAACAUAACAUCAUCUUUUCCUCUCUCAUCAGCAUUCAGCUUCUGAAACUCGCUACACUUUUGAUCCUUUGCGUUUCUGAAAGAGGUGUUUUUGGGAACGAAAUUGAGAAUUCUGACGUCAUCAUCGUCAUCGUAUUCGAUAUUGGAGAGGUUGAUGACGACGGAGGUGGUGGUGGCGAUGGGGGUAGAGAAUUGAAAAGUUUCAACUCGAUUAUUUCAGUAGCAUCUGCUUUGGCAGUUGAUUUUUUUGUGUUUUAUCACGACAUCUGGUUUGACAGAACAGUGCAAUUUAUUUCCAUCACCAAAACAUGAAUUGCAGGAAGUACAUCGAGGUUUAGCUGAGAUAGGCCUCAUGUUAACGAGUGUAAGAGCUUGAUUGUAACAACAACUGUAAUUUCUUUGAUUAAAUAUUAGUAAAAGUUUCACAUAAUAGAUGACUUGAUUUUAUCUUGUUUCAAACCG